AUGGCCUCCAACAUACCACUGGAAAAGCUGCUAGAAAUGCCCGCGGCGACUCCUCCGCCAGGAGUUACGCCAAACCUGGUGGAUCCGCCUAACGAAGAAGCGGCCGCGAAAGGCAUUAUUCUGAGCCUUUGGAUAUUCUGUUCGUUGAUGCUGUUGAUUCGUGUUUAUACCAAGUUUGUGUUGAUCCGGAAAUUUGAUUUAUCAGAUUACUCGAUUAUAAUGGCGUGGGCCAUUCUCAUGGGAGACUUCGCUCCUUACUGGCUUUUCGCUAACCUGGCCCCUGGAGUCGAUCAAUGGAAUAUGCGACUUAAGGACUUUUCCACGGUCAUCGAGUAUUUCCACGCCGGCGGCGUGUUAUACGGCUGCUGCAUAUUCUUUAUCAAGCUGGCUAUUUUGCUGCAGUUCAUCGAGAUCUUUGUGCCCAUUCGCAGGACAGGCACAUUCUACUGGACCUGUCUGAUAUUGAUUAUCGUGAAUUUUGUCUUUUACUUCAUCAGCUUCUUCCUUGAGGUCUUCUCAUGCAACCCCGUGAAGAAAUAUCACAUGCCAUGGAUUGAGGGUACCUGCAUGAACUACAACGUGUUGAACGUCGCUGCCAGCUCUGUCAACGCUGCUUCGGACAUCAUCAUCCUGGUAUUGCCGCAGGUGCGCAUCUGGAACUUGCAAAUGCCUCUGAGUCGCCGGAUUGCUGUUUCCGCGGUGUUUCUGAUCGGAGUUAUGGCUUGCACUGCUUCGGUGGUCCGCCUCGCCUACACCGUCGUUCUCAUGAAGACCAAGAAUAUCUCGUACUACGCUUACUUGUCGGGUAUCUGGACGAUCCCCGAGCUCUCUAUGGGAAUUGCCGUGGCAUGCUUGCCUGUCUUGCCCAAGUUUAUCAAGAGCCUUGACCCGAGUCACCGUUUGUCGCGCAUCGGCUCUUCGCUGCAGGGCGUGUUCUCUGGAGGCAGUCGCUCGCAUUCGCGCUCUCGCUCCCACAAUAACUCAUCCGAUCGCACUAAGGGAAAUAAUGCGCCGUACACUACUAUACAGCGAGGGAAGGACGGUUGGUCUGAUUCUCUCCCGCUGGUCUCUACGUCUAGUAGGGGCAGUGUGAAACAGCCGGACAUUGCAGGUCAGGCAGUAUGA